AUGUCUACCGGUGCAAACGUCAACAAACCCACAAACGUUAAGACAAAGGAGGCCGACGUCAACCGCAAGCUUCAACUCUACGGAAUCAUUUCUGCCUUCCAGAGCGGCAAGGUCCCUUCAAACGAUCAAAUCGAUGUCGCCCUAAGCAGUUUCCUCGCCUCUCGCUCUCUUUCUAGCAACCAUGAGAAGCUUUCCACUGAGGGACAGGAGCUGGUUAAGGAUGCUGCCAACGUUAUCAAGCAAGCCAAGUAUCUUCUUCUCUCCAAGAACGACGGCAACUUGAUCCAGGACUUCAUCUACCAAACUACCCAAUUCGACCCCAAGAACGUCAACACACCCAACGCUCCUGUUAGCAAGGAUGCUGCCAAGCAGGAUGGUGACCAGGCGCUCGAGGGUUUGAGAACCCUCGGCCAGCUCCUCAUCACUAACGGUCAGUUCCGCAAGCUGUUGUCUGAUGCUACUGUUCUCUUCCGCGACAUGGCCGGUGACGCCGCUACCAACGCCGCUGCCCGUGUCCGCCCCUCCCAGGAGCAGCUUCAGCAGCUCGACGAGCCCGCUCAGGACAAUGUCUGGCACGAGGCCCCUGAUUUCUCCAAGGAGAACUUCAAGAACCAGGCCAAGGGUAUCUACAGUGGAAACCCCAAGCAGGACGCCAAGGACAUUGCCUCCGCCGGUGUCAACUCUGCUGCCCCCGGACAGCAGCAGCCCCUUCAGCAGGACCACCAGGGUAACCUCCAGCCCAACCAGGGUGCUCACCCUCAGGCCACUACCGGCCUCGAGUCUGGCAACAUUGCCUCCACCUCUGGCAACCCUGCUGAUGCUGCCCGCGACACCGCUCGCCAGACCGACCCCCAGGCUGGCAAGAGCGCCGCCAAGCAGGUUGCUGAGCAGAAGCUUGACAACAAGAUCGACCCUGAGACCAAGGAGAACAUCCUCCAGCGCAACGAGGAGUACCGCCAGAAGGCACGCAACUACCUCGACAAGAAGAUGCCCCAGGAGCGCAAGGACCAGACUAUCUGGCGCCUCAAGAAGAUGAUUCUUGAGUGCCAGCAGCACGAAGACUACUCCCAGGCCAUCCAGACUCUUCUUCGCCUGGCUGAGACUUACAGCCGACACGGCCGCACUGUUGGCCAGGGAUCCACCAGCACUGCUAAGGACGCUCGUGGAGGCCUUGGUGCCGCUGAACGUGAUCUCCGUACUAUCAUUGAGCGAUUCGCCAACGGCACAUCCACUGAGGACCUCUGGGAGGCUAUUGGUCAGAUCUACCGCGACGCUGAUAACGACCGCGAGCUCAAGGAUUGGUUCAAGUCUAUGGACUCUUACAUCCGCCGAUGCCUCCUCCAGCAGGGUUACAUCCUCGAGGAGCAGUCUACCCGCGAGUGGGAUCAGCUCUAUGACCAGGGCCGAUACCUCCUCCGCAACAAGUACCGCGGCCACACCGACCGCGUCGUUGACGAGAUCAAGUUCCUCGCCCAGGAGUUCGAUCAUGACCCCCAGAACCACGCUUUCGCUGAGUCCCUUACCAAGCUAUUCAAGGACCUUGGCAACGACAAGGAUGGCAAGCCUGUCUUCAAGCCCCAUCUGCUCAAGGACUUGAGGGAUGUCAUCCUUCCCGCUGCCCUCGAGAACAUCGCAUACAUCCCCAUUCCCCGAAUUGAGUACACCGACUCUCAGUUCGAUGCUGUCAUCGAGAACCUUGUCCUCGAGAGCGACAACUUCGCUCCCAACGUCUUCGAGGUUUCCAGCGAGCACUACUUCCGCUGGGGCCGCAAGAAGAUUGCCAACAAGAACCACCAGACCAUGGAGGUCAAGGUUGCUGGCAUCCAGAUGGAUCUUCGCGACGUGAGCUUCUACGUCAACCGCAAGCAGGGCUUCCCGUCCAUCACCGACACCGGUGUUGCUGACAUCGUCCUCCCUGGCGAUGGCUUCUCCUUUAAGAUGAAGGUCUCCACUGCUGAGAAGAAGGAUCGCCAGAACUACUUCAAGGUUGAAAAGGUUGAUGUGGACUUUGACAAGAUUCAGAUCAAGGUCAAGAAGUCCAACCACAAGUUGCUCUUCUCUGUCCUCAAGCCUAUCAUGCUCAAGGUCAUCAGAGCCCCUCUCCAGAAGGCUGUUGAGAAGGUUAUCAAGGACCAGUGCAACAAGCUUGACCAGAUCUGCUACCAGGUCAAGCAGGAGGCUGACCGUGCUACUGCUGAGGCCAAGAACAACCCUGAGGAUGCUCCCAACAUCUACAACCGUUACUACAACGCCGCUCAGAAGCAGUUCACCGCGAAGAAGCAGAAGGCCCAGGAAGUUGCUUCUGACAAGAAGGCCAACAUUGCUAUGACCAAGGAGGACAGCAUCUUCCCCAACAUCGACCUUCCUGGUGGCAUCAGCACCAAGGCCACCGAGUACAAGGAGCUUGCCCGCAAGGGUGACAAGUGGGAGAGCCCUGUCUUCUCCAUCGGUUCUGCUAAGAAGAGCACCGAUAUUCCUUCUCCUCCCAAGAUCCAGCGCAAGGCUCACCCCGUUUCCAACCUUGGCCCCAAGAACACCGGGUCGGACUACGAUUUCUACCCUGCUGGCGGUAACGGCCACCAGCACACUGGUAACGGUGCCAUGAACGGUAACGGCUACCACGUUGGCCACGGAGAUGGCAUCAACGGUGGUGUUAACAGCAAGCACCUUGGUGGAAACAGCCUGAACAAUGGCCAGAACGUCCAAAUGGGACAGAACCCUAUGGUUGGCCAGACCAUGAACACUGUUUAG